GCGCCCGGAGGUGGAGAAGCGCCUUUGCCCUCCCCUCUCGCAUCCUUCCCGCCUCCCUCCCGCCCGUUCCUUCCUCCCUUCCCCGCUUUUCCUCCUUCCCUUCCUGCGAGGCACCAGCAGCGCCCAGCCCGGCUCGACGAUGGCUUCAACCACCACCUGCACCCGAUUCACCGACGAGUAUCAGCUCUUCGAGGAGCUGGGCAAGGGGGCGUUCUCAGUGGUGAGAAGAUGCAUGAAAAUCACUACGGGACAAGAAUAUGCUGCCAAAAUUAUCAACACUAAAAAACUGUCAGCAAGGGAUCACCAGAAAUUGGAAAGAGAAGCUAGAAUCUGCCGCCUCCUGAAACACCCGAACAUUGUGCGACUUCAUGACAGCAUAUCAGAAGAAGGGUUCCAUUACUUAGUCUUUGAUUUAGUCACUGGAGGUGAAUUGUUUGAGGACAUUGUUGCAAGGGAGUAUUACAGUGAAGCAGAUGCAAGUCAUUGUAUACAGCAGAUUCUAGAAAGUGUUAAUCAUUGUCACCUAAAUGGCAUAGUUCACAGAGACCUAAAGCCCGAGAACUUGCUUCUAGCAAGCAAGUCCAAGGGGGCAGCCGUAAAACUGGCAGAUUUUGGAUUGGCUAUAGAAGUGCAAGGUGAACAGCAGGCCUGGUUUGGUUUUGCUGGCACACCAGGAUAUCUCUCUCCAGAGGUGCUACGAAAAGAUCCAUAUGGAAAGCCAGUGGACAUGUGGGCAUGUGGCGUUAUUCUCUAUAUUCUCUUGGUGGGAUACCCUCCAUUUUGGGAUGAAGAUCAACAUAGACUCUACCAACAAAUCAAGGCUGGCGCUUAUGAUUUUCCUUCACCAGAAUGGGACACGGUGACUCCAGAAGCCAAAGACCUUAUCAACAAAAUGCUUACAAUCAACCCUGCCAAACGUAUCAAUGCAUCAGAGGCUCUCAAACAUCCAUGGAUCUGUCAACGUUCUACUGUUGCUUCUAUGAUGCACAGACAGGAGACUGUAGACUGCCUGAAGAAAUUCAAUGCAAGAAGGAAACUUAAGGGGGCCAUUUUGACAACUAUGCUGGCUACAAGAAACUUCUCAGCAGCCAAGAGUUUACUGAAGAAACCCGAUGGAGUGAAGAAAAGGAAGUCCAGUUCGAGUGUUCAGAUGAUGAUAAACAACAAAACCAACGUGGUAACCAGCCCCAAAGAAAAUAUUCCUACCCCGGCGCUGGAGCCCCAAACUACCGUAAUCCACAACCCAGAUGGAAAUAAGGAAUCAACAGAGAGCUCCAACACAACCAUUGAAGAUGAAGAUGUCAAGGCUCGUAAGCAGGAGAUUAUCAAGGUUACCGAGCAGCUAAUUGAAGCUAUCAAUAAUGGGGAUUUUGAAGCCUACACGAAGAUAUGUGACCCAGGCCUUACCUCAUUUGAACCAGAAGCUUUGGGAAAUCUUGUAGAGGGGAUGGACUUCCACCGAUUUUACUUUGAGAAUGCUUUGUCUAAAAGCAACAAGCCAAUCCACACCAUUAUUCUGAAUCCUCAUGUCCACCUUGUGGGUGAUGAUGCUGCCUGCAUCGCAUAUAUACGGUUGACACAAUACAUGGAUGGAAGUGGAAUGCCAAAGACUAUGCAGUCCGAAGAGACACGGGUCUGGCAUCGCCGUGAUGGAAAAUGGCAAAAUGUUCACUUUCACCGUUCAGGAUCACCAACAGUACCUAUCAACUAAAUGUCCAUGGUGCCACAUCUGUAUCUUCUGCACUCUGCACUCAGUUGGCUACCAUCUGGGCCACCCCAUUGUCCUCUUCAUGCAUGUUUUUGAGUGCAUGAAGCUGUGAAGUUUCUACAUGUGAUACAUUGAUGAUGAAUCAUUUUGUUAUAUAUUCCAUAUUGGUACCUUUUGUUUACACUUCUGUAAAGGGGAUGUUCCGUACAAAUUAAAAAUGGCAGAAAAAAGCAGGAAGUGGCAGGGGGAUCAAAAUGUGAGAAUGUACACAGAGUAUAACUCUCAUGCCAAAAUAUAAAUAUCAUCACACACAACCUAUGAAGGGUUUCGUUUUUAAGUAUCAUUUUCAAUUUGUUUUCUGGCUGAUGUUUAAAAAGACUGUGGCAUUGGCCAUAGUGAAAAUAAUGAAAUUUCUACAAACAGCAGCUUCACUAUUGUAGGAUGUAUGGGUGGAAGUCCUGAAGCAUUUCAGUGGGUGAGAUGAGGACGCUCAUCUUGGCGUUGAGCUUGAGCUGGGAAAAGGACAUAAUUUGCUAGUGGAACCUCAAUAGAAUUAUCUGUCACUGUUCUCAUCCAGCCAGAAAAAAAACUUUUUAACAUAUAUAUAUAUGUUUCUUUAGCUUUGUUUUAACUGCAGAAAACCCAUAUUUGAAGUAGCACUUGUAAUUUGAGAGCUGAUCAGUGAACAGGUAUAAAAUGGCUUUUAAUGAAUAAAGUGAAAGGGUAAAAUUAAAAAAAAACCCACCUUUUUAUCAUUUUCUGGAUGUACAGUUACAUUUAUUAAAACAAGCUGUAGAGGAUUUUUUAAAAAUUGAUGCUCUAGUCAAGAUGUGUGGUAACUUAGGACAAUUAGGCCUUAAAAGCUUAGCGUCAAGAGUUUACUUGUCUACAUUUUGUUUAUAGCAAUUUCUUACGUUAAAAAAAUAAAACUGCCAGGAAGAAAUAAGUUUUUAAAUAGUACUGUCUCAGUUCUACCACAAUAACGUUACCAUUUUCUCAUGGCUUAUUGACAUCCUUGAACAGUGUGGAAUAAAAUAAUAAAUGCUGCUUUAUUAACUCUUUUGUUCAUUGCUGCAUAUAUUAUACCUGUAAAAUUAACAGGAAAUAUAUUCAGUGUUGAUAUAGAACAGAUUGCUCAAUUGCUAUCAGAUUGUUGACGUGUAAUGAUAUUCCUGCAAGCAUUUGGUCCUCUUGGUUUUUUUCUUUAAAAGAAAAAUAAUGGCGGGGGGGCUUUUUUGUUUUCUUUUUUUAGAUGUUAUUUGUUUAUUCACUCUGGUUAACAGUGGACCUAAAAGUUUUCUGUAAUAUUGUAUAGCGCAUGAUAUUUUGAUCAAUGUUCUUUUUAGUAAUUAAAAAUUUACAACUUGCAGCAACCUGACAUUUUUAAAGCAGAGGGGGAAAUUUUCCCAGUUUAUAUAACUUCCAAGUAUCUGCAUUGAUUGUUAAUCAAAAGCAGAACUUAUUCUGUACACUUUGAUGUUGUUCCUAGUCAGCAUAUGUUAACGAGUUAAGGGAAACUAAAUCUUUUUCAGCCCACAGAAAUAUUUUUAGCAGGCAUACACAAUAAAUGACUUGAGCCAUAUUAACCUGCCAAUGGGAUCUGUGGAAAAGCAAUGGCCUCGUGCAUUUCGUUUUUUAAAAAAACUAAUAAAUUUCUUUUUUGUGAAGCAGCUUUAAGCGGUGUAAGUGUAUUUUACAUUUAACAAACAUUAGGUGUAGAAGGGUUUUUAUUAAAAAAAACACUUUUAACAUAGCAUGUGGUGUUGCCAUAUUACUCUAGAUCAAGUCUGUUUUCCACACUGAGAUGUGAGAAAAAAUCAUGUGAGUAGCUUUCUAUGCUCCAAAUGAAUUACACACCUAACCUUUUGUCAUUUUAAAACACCACAGUUUACCAUGGGACAAUGUGUAUAUAUAUAAAUAUAUAUAUUUCUUGCCAUAAUGGUAAAGAACUGACUGAUAUAUUUAAGAAUUAAUAAAUUUGUGAUUUCUGCUGA